GGUGAGCGACCUGUCACACGCGGGCUUUGGGGAAGGGCAGAGCGAGGGGAGCGCGCUCUACCGCCGCCUGCAGGGGGGCAGUGUCUGCGGGGCUGGCUGCGCGCGGCGGGCCCGGGACCGGCUGGGGCAGGGAGGGGAGUGCGCCGCCCGGGGGCCUCGGGGGCGGGGGGAGAAGCGGGCGGCCGGGGCUCUGGUUUCACCCCCUGCCUGGCCCCGAGAAGCGGCGUGUGCACGCGGGGGGAGGCUCCGCGCAGAGUGGAGCCCCGCUCCCAGCCAGGCCUGCAGGGGGAGUCGGCGAGAGACGCUGGCACAGGCACACGGCUCUCCGCCCGCCCGCGCGGACUCCCCGUGGCCGGGGCGCUCUCGCACAGCUCCCCGCCCGCCCGCGGGCUGCCAAGCCGCCGGGAAGCCCGGGACACAGGCAUCGCGGCUGCUGCUGCCGCCGCCGAGCGAGGGGAGAGCAGCGGCCGGUGUCCGGGUCUCCUUCUCCUCCUGCGGGAUCACCAGGCGCCUCCUCGGGGAUUCCUCUCCUCGCUUUACAUGCUGCCCCCCCCGGCUCUGGAUUUAUAGGCAGCUUCCCCCCUGCGUAUUCACCCCCUCCUCCCAGGGACUGCCCGGCGGAGGGCCGCCUCUCCCCUGCCUGACCCAGCUGUGUGCCUCUGGCUCUUGCCAUCCCCUUCCGGGGGCGCCCAGACGGACCUGGAGCCCCCCUGAGCCCUGAAGCGCUAGGGGGCCGGGCUGGCGCAUCACCUGCGGAGCCGCUUCUCACUCUGCCUCUGCUGCGUGCUGGGAUUUGUUGUGCUUUAGUUUGGGGUCUGUCGGCUCGCUCUGAUCCGAGCCGAUUCCGAGAAGCAGCCUCAGGGUAUGAAUUCUCUGCUGCGGUCCUUUUCACACAUGAAUGCAAGGAGAGUUGCCAGUUAAAGGAAAAGUGACCAGUGCAGAGGACGACAUGACCACCAUGAAGGGAAACGGUCUGGUUGCAUUGCUGGUUGCAGGUUUGGGAGUCAUAGGAAUUUUAGUGUCAGCAGCUACAGAAGAUUCCCAGUGCCAGCGAGCUGAGCACCCUGUUAUAAUGUAUAAAGAAAUUGUCCCCUGGUUAUGUGUGUUCAGAGCAGAGAAUGCUGUGGACUUCUCACAAUUAACAUUUGACCCAGGACAAAAAGAACUUAUUGCUGGAGCAAGAAAUUACCUCUUCAGGUUACAUCUUGAGGAUCUAUCUCUAAUCCAGGCAGUGGAGUGGCAGUGUGAUGAAGCUACUAAAAGAGCCUGUUACAGUAAGGGCAAAUCAAAGGAAGAAUGCCAGAACUAUAUCCGUGUGCUCCUCGUUGGCGGUGACCGGCUCUUCACCUGCGGAACCAAUGCUUUCACUCCUGUUUGCACCAAUCGGACGUUAAGCAACCUGACAGAGAUACAUGAUCAGAUCAGUGGCAUGGCUCGCUGUCCUUACAGUCCCCAACACAAUUCCACAGCUCUUCUCACUUCCAGUGGGGAGUUAUAUGCUGCUACAGCCAUGGAUUUCCCAGGAAGGGAUCCUGCCAUUUAUCGCAGUCUGGGGGCUCUUCCUCCUCUCCGCACUGCACAAUACAAUUCCAAGUGGCUCAAUGAGCCAAAUUUUGUGUCAUCCUAUGACAUUGGAAACUUCACCUACUUCUUCUUCCGAGAGAAUGCAGUAGAGCAUGACUGUGGGAAAACAGUCUUUUCGCGGGCUGCUCGGGUCUGUAAAAAUGAUAUUGGGGGCAGAUUUUUGCUAGAGGACACCUGGACAACCUUUAUGAAGGCUCGUUUGAACUGCUCUCGCCCUGGAGAAAUUCCAUUUUACUACAAUGAAUUACAAAGCACUUUCUUCCUGCCAGAAUUGGACUUAAUCUAUGGGAUCUUUACGACUAAUGUGAACAGCAUAGCUGCCUCAGCAGUUUGUGUUUUCAACUUGAGUGCCAUAACUCAGGCUUUCAGCGGACCAUUUAAAUAUCAGGAGAACUCCCGCUCUGCCUGGCUGCCUUACCCCAAUCCCAACCCUAAUUUCCAGUGUGGUACAAUGGACCAGGGUCUGUACAUGAAUCUGACUGAGAGGAAUCUUCAGGAUGCCCAAAAAUUUAUUCUAAUGCAUGAGGUGGUUCAGCCAGUUAUUCCAAUUCCUUACUUCAUGGAGGACAACAGCCGAUUUUCCCAUGUGGCAGUGGAUGUGGUGCAGGGCAAGGACAUGCUUUUCCAUAUCAUCUAUCUGGCCACAGACUAUGGCACUAUUAAGAAAGUACUUGCUCCAAUGAAUCAGACUUCAAGCAGCUGCUUACUUGAAGAAAUUGAGCUCUUUCCAAGGAGACAGAAGGAACCUAUCAGGAGCCUGCAGAUUCUGCAUAGCCAGAGUGUUCUGUUUGUGGGGCUGCAAGAACAUGUAGUAAAGAUUCCCCUGAAGAGGUGUCUGUUUUACAAAACACACAGUGCAUGUAUUGGAUCCCAGGAUCCUUACUGUGGCUGGGACAUGGUGAUGAAGAAAUGCACAACACUGGAAGAAAGUCUGAGCAUGAGUCAGUGGGAGCAAAGCAUCACUGUGUGUCCAACCAGGAAUUUGACUGUGGAUGGGAAUUUUGGAAUGUGGUCUCAGUGGAAACCCUGCACCCACACUGAUGGUACUAGUGUUGGCUCCUGCCUCUGCAGAACUCGCUUGUGUGACAGUCCAGCUCCUCAGUGUGGAGGCUGGCAGUGCGAAGGACCAAGUAUGGAAAUUGCCAACUGCUCCAGAAAUGGGGGCUGGACUCCAUGGACUUCCUGGUCACCCUGCAGUACCACCUGUGGAAUUGGUUUUCAAGUCCGCCAGCGUUCAUGCAGCAAUCCAACUCCUCGGCACGGGGGCCGCGUGUGUGUGGGACAGAACCGUGAGGAGAGAUACUGCAAUGAGCACUUGCUGUGCCCUCCACAUAUGUUUUGGACAGGCUGGGGUCCGUGGGAACGUUGCACUACCCAAUGUGGGGGAGGGAUUCAGGCUCGUCGCAGGAUGUGUGAGAAUGGCCCUGACUGCCCUGGCUGUAAUGUGGAGUAUCAACCUUGUAACACCAAUCCCUGUCCAGAGCUGAAAAAGACCACCCCCUGGACUCCUUGGACUCCGGUCAAUAUCUCAGACAAUGGUGGCCACUAUGAACAACGAUUCCGAUACACUUGCAAGGCACGCUUACCUGAUCCAAAUUUGCUAGAGGUGGGAAGACAAAGGAUUGAAAUGCGUUACUGUUCCAGUGAUGGUACCAGCGGUUGCUCAACAGAUGGACUGUCAGGGGAUUUCUUGCGUUCUGGACGAUACUCCGCUCAUACAAUUAAUGGAGCCUGGUCACCAUGGACUCCAUGGUCUCAGUGCAGUCGAGACUGCAGCAGAGGUAUUCGCAACCGCAAACGUGUCUGCAACAAUCCUGAGCCCAAAUACGGGGGUCUUCCAUGUCUGGGCCCAUCUCUGGAGUACCAGGAAUGCAACAUCUUGCCUUGUCCAGUUGAUGGAAGUUGGUCUUGUUGGUCAUCAUGGUCAAAGUGCUCAGCAACUUGUGGAGGUGGACAUUACAUGAGGACCCGCUCAUGCACAAACCCAGCCCCAGCCUAUGGAGGGGACAUCUGCCUUGGACUUCACACUGAAGAGGCACUUUGCAACACACAACCCUGUCCAGACAACUGGUCCGACUGGUCUGAGUGGUCUGAUUGUGAUUCAUCUGGAGUCCAGUUCCGUGUUCGUCAGUGUAUCAUUUUAUUUCCGGUGGGCAACCAGUGUUCUGGGAACACCACUGAGAGUCAAGCUUGUAUUUUCGAUUCUAACUUCAUACCAGAAAUAUCAGUAGCAAGAUCUAGCAGCAUAGAAGAAAAACUGUGUGGUGAGUUUAACAUGUUCCACAUGAUUGCAGUGGGCUUGAGCAGUUCUAUACUUGGCUGCCUCCUUACACUGCUUGUUUACACUUACUGCCAACGAUAUCAGCAGCAAUCCCAUGAUGCAACUGUUAUCCAUCCAGUGUCGCCAGCUCCUCUUAAUACCAGUAUCACUAACCAUAUCAACAAACUGGACAAAUAUGAUUCUGUAGAAGCCAUCAAGGCAUUUAAUAAAAACAACCUGAUCUUGGAGGAGAGAAACAAAUACUUCAAUCCACAUCUUACUGCAAAGACCUAUUCUAAUGCCUAUUUUACAGAUCUCAAUAAUUAUGAUGAGUACUAAUGGACUUGUGUAUUUUCUGGCCUAUGGUAACUCCCCAAUCCCCCAGAGCCUGUGCUACAUGACCGCUCAUGUGUUUGAGGCUUCAGAGAUGAAGUUCGGAGACAUUUCAAGCACACUCCAAGCCAUCAGUGUCCCAUUGCUACCAAAAAAACAAAAACACCUGUAUGUGACAUGAUGUUCCCUUUUGCAAGAGUGAAAGGUUGGCCUGCAGUAGGGAGUGCAGAUUUAGUAGCUGGACAUAGUGGAAUGAGUCCUGAAGAGUAUAAUCACUUUGUUCGUGUUUAUAAAUAUUCAGACAGAUUUCUCUAACAUGUUACAAACUAAUUUUUUGCGCUUUUUAAAAGACUGUAACCCCCCUUGAAGAGGGUGCCAGGAAUAUGACUUUUGUUUCCUUUUGGACAUUGUCUGCUUGUUUCCAUUAGGUUUGAGGAGAAAACUCUGCAUCUAGCAGUGGAGCCCUCUGAGGAAUCUUCCUGACAUUAUACUGCCAAAAAAGCUCAUAGAACAUUGAGUAAAUGAUGAGGAGAAAUUUGACAGCACGGUGUUAUUUUGUAGUAACUCCAAUACUCCAGAGUUAAUCUGCCUAGACUGUGAAGUGUUUCGGCUGGAACUCUUGGAAGUUUUCCAUCUGUUUAGAUCUUGAAGCAAAACAGGAUAUAACAAGAGAUAUGCUUCUUGUGACAAAAAGGGAAAUUUGCAGAGUAGAUGGCUCGAAGUUGUGAGAUAAUUUAAGCCUUCAUCUUGUUUAUUUUAUUUUUUGGGAGGUUACGUUUGAACAUUUUCUGCAUGUUGUUAGUAACCUAAUGUUAUUGUAGUGUACGGACUUGCAUGACUCAUGGCAUUCCAAAGACCUCUUCUUCUCAGAGUGUGCAUAUGAAACCCAUUUGACUAGUCUGCUGUAGUAUCCAAAAAUAUGCCAGUGAGUGGCAGAAACAACCUUACCAUGGAGAUUUAUCCACCACGCUCUUUCUUUGACACCCCGGGAACAUAUGCCUCAUAAUAGAAUUGCUUUUCUUUUCACAAGUCAUUAUUUACACAUGCCUGUUUGAAAACAACGACAACAACAAAAGAAAAAAAAAGUGCCAGAUGUGUUAUGAAAAGCAUUGUUUUCAUCUUCUAGACGUGUCUGAUCCAUGCUAAUCAACCUGUGCCAGGCACCAUUAAUAGUGUUGUUUAAAGUGGGCUUCCUUUGAGGCUCUAUUGAUGUGAUAUUUAACAUACUAGCUGCUUUUUAAGUUGUCACUUUUAAAUUCUUGUGCAAUGGCAGGUGAGGAAACAGUGGCAGUUGGCACCACUUUUCUUGGUCUCCUCUUCACCCACCACAUCUGUAACAUUUGUAUUUUUGGAAGAGAAAUUCCUGGUGUACCAUUGAAGUGAAAAUGGCAGGGUUGUGGGACAUUUGUUCAGCCCAGAGUGCUGAACUGUGUGUGUCAUAAAAGGACAUUUCAAAGGUUUCUAAAUGCUAUUCUCCAAGACUUCCUAAACAAAAUGAAAGAGCGAAUAAGAAGGUUUAAAUCAUUGCCUGUUUUUAAACUAUAUACCAUACCAAGAUUAUCACAUCAGAAAUUUCCAAAGUGGGGGGGGGGGGUUGGGGGGAGAAAAUGCAAAGUGGAGAUAUUUCAACAUGGGAGAGCCUGUUGUCUUUAGAUUAAAGUAUAGAUAGACACAAAGGGAAACGGUUUGCAAAGGCAAAUGUUAGAAUAUAAUGGUUCAAAAUUCUGCAAAGCAAAUCUAUUAAAAAAUGCCAAGGAACAUAGAAUUUUGUGUGAGGGUGUGUAUGUGUGCAUGACUUUAGUGGCCCUGUAACUUACACAUCAAGAUUCUAGACUGAUGAUGGGGUUAAUUCCUCAUAACAUGUUGUAGUGAGCAGUACCUGUGGAUUGGAAUAGGUUCAAAUACCAUACCGUACUUAGGUUCAGUGAAAAUAAUUAAGAUUGGUUUCCUGUGUUUCCACUGGACUAUUUUCAGUGUUCAUUUUAACUGUCAAUUCAAAAUAAAUCCUCCACCCUCAGACAGGUUCACACCAAAAAAUGUGGUGGCACUAAUCCUCUUUUGUCUACCAUUGUAAUAUUGUACUUUUGAUGCGUUUCCUCCUAAUAAAUUGCCUAACAAACACAUUUAUUUCCCUUUGGAAAGAUGAAAUUACCCUUUCAAGAAAAUUCAGUGGAAUGGGGAGGGGGAACUUUCCAAAUCAGAACCAGUUUGGUAUUAGCAUCACUCUGCUGCUGCUGCAAAAUAAAACGCUUCAUUUAAAUAGUAUAAAGAAAAUAAAAUUGCUGCCUGAAAAAUAAACCAAACAAAACCAACCAAACAAAAAACGAAACUAGAAACCCCACUCUUCUUCCUUGCUUCUCUACUAACAGCAGUGUUAGUUUGGUUUCUGUAUUUUAAAUUUAGCAUAUUAGCUAUUAGGCCCAUAGUUUUUUUAAAAUAUUUAAAGUAUUGAUCUUUUUAAUUUUAAUCUUUUUAUUGAAAUUAUCUGAAAUGAGUCCAUGUUUUACUCUACAAUAUUUUUGAGGGGUAUAUAUCUAACUAUUUAGCUAUAUUGGCCAUUCCAUGUAUAUUCACUGUAUUAGAUCUGUGAUGGUAAUACCCGUGGGAUAAAUUGUGAAGCCAUAUGACUAACUGCAUUUAGCCUUCUCUGCACGCUGCCCUCUAAUCCAUCUCCCACAGAACUAUUUCAAACAUUCAAAAUCUCUGAGCAGCUUCAACGUGACAUCAUUUUUUUAAAAAAAAUCCACCUGCCAGAGAAAUGUUUUCUUCUUUUCUUUCAAAUGUGGAAUGUAUUUCCCCAAAUUACUCUAUCCUGCGGCCCAAGCUGGGGCAAUAAUUUGUCCUAUACCACAAAAAGGUUUUAUGUCUGCUAUCUCAUGUUCCUUCAGGGUAAGAAAUGGCAUCUUCAUAUCACUGGAAAGGGGAGAUCCCAAGUUUCCCAGUAGGACUAGUCUUGGAAGAUCCUGAGACAUCAGCCUUUAAAGCUGUGACAUUUUUGUGUGUUGAAAAGUAUUUUGGUUAAUGUAGCGGUAUUUAAAAUGUAUUAAUUGUGUCUGUUUGUUCUGCCUCUGAGAGCCUCACAGUUGCACAUAUGGCAUAAAUGGAGACUGGCCUUGAAGGCAGAGGGAUACAAAAGUAGUCCCCCAAUCAGAUUUUCUUUUUAAUUUUUUAACCAUUUCUUUAAAUGUUUUUGCUGUAAAAUUGGUAGGACACAAAUUUUGGUGUGAAGUGAAUUUCUGGCAUCUAAAUGCACAUGAAAAUGUUUUUCUUUAGACCAUAAAAGUUUGAAUUUUUGAAAUCCUGUGGACACUUGCAUGCAAUUCUCAUGUAAGCCAGUGGGACUAGAUUGCACUUGUAUGAGGGGGAAAUUUGGCCCUAGACUGUUCUUUUCUUGAGAGAGGAAUUCAAGUUCCUGACCCUCUAAUUCCCUCCAGUUCUCUCACAGAUUUUUGGCUCAGAUAUAGUUCUCUGUUCUGGAUAAAAUAUUACAUUAUUUCUAAUGCCAGGAUUGGCCAUUUCUAAAAUACUGGUGCUUGCUCAAUACAUUCAUUUUAAAACUUUCAUUUUGCACUUAUGUUUAAAUGAAACCUAGACUGAAGUUUAAAAUAAAAAUUUCUCCAGAACUGGCCAAAAUAUUUCAUCUUAAAUCUGUUUGGUUUUUUUCUCAUGUAAUGCCAGUACAAAAAAAAAAAAAGGGAAGAUUGCAACUCCUGGUGCUGUAAAGUAUAUGUUUUCAUUUGAUAGUUCAAAGUAGAGCUUUGUGCGUGUGUGUAGACAUUUGGGGCUUGAUUCAAUAUGAGAUACAUGGGAAUAUAUUGCUCAGUUGCUUGGAAAAUCCACUACUGUGCUUGCAGAUUGUAUCUUGUACUUCAAUUUGAAUCUGAAGACCUUUACUUUCAUCUAAUCUUACUUUUAGUGGAAGCGUUUUUUCCAGAUAUCUGAAAUUGCCUGCUGCUGCAGCAGUGUGGUUCAGAUAAAAAUAAGGGAGUUUUGGUUGGGGUUUGAGUUUUCAUAACAGAGCAGAAGAUAGAGGGGCACUGAAUUGGCUUUGAUUUUCUAGGAUAUGAAAUAAUACUAAUUAAAAUCCUGGAAAGGUGUAGGAUACUAUGUAAAGUACAGGGAAAUAGUUGUUAACAGUAUCAGAAUCACACAGAAACCUGGGGGAAGUUUCAAAUCAAUAUAAAAUAAACAGUGAUGAGGCAAUUCAUUAAAGAAAAAAGUGCUCAGCAUAUUGGACCAUGUGGCCAUACAAAACAGAAAAGAUAGUGAGAUUUAAGAUGUAAGAAAUGUUAAUGAAAAGAAAUUAUUUAUUUUUUUUAUAAUUAUAGAAUAAUUAAGGCCCCAAUUCAGUAAAGCAUACAUGCAUUUGCUUAUCUCUAAGCACAUGAGUAGCCCCAUUGAAAUAGAUGGAAUUUAAACACAUGAUUAAAGUUUACUGUUUUACUGGAUCAAGGCCUAACACCCAAAUCCUGCAAACACUUUGAGCACAUGUAUAACUUUACUGCCAUUUAAGUAAUGCCACUGAAGUGAAUCGUACUACUUAUGAGAAAAGUUAAUCACAUGCUAAAGUGUUUACAGCCCAAAGUGUCCUAUUUCUUUCUCCAAGAGCCCAGAAACAGUACAAGGAAAAUUGUGGUGGUAGUGAAAAUCAGAAAUGAAUUUACUAAAAGUUAAUUUCAUAUCCGGAUCUUGAUUAUCAGGGAAUUGAUAUGUGUUCAUUGAGUGGGAUAUUUGAAUUCAUUUUUUUCUUGCUAAAUAAAAUUAAUUAUAAACAGGAUAUUUUGCUUGUCUUGAUUUAAAAGACAUAAUCUCCCAAAUUAAGUAGUGAUCUGGGAUCCAUCAUGUUUUGUUUGUUUUCAUUUUUUUAAAGGGAACUAGCAUUCAAGUCACCCAAGAAUAUCAGCUUGCUUGGUAGAUGGAUUCCUCUGUUUUGCACCUAGAAAUUCUUACUGAUCACAUUGCCUCCAGCAAUACACAAGUAUUUUAAUUUGUCUCUAAUGGUCUUUGCUCUUCUUAGUUAUAGAUAAAAUUCCCUUUUUUUCCCCUCUUUGUUUUUGCAGAAAUGCUCUUGGGCUCACACUCUAUAGGAUAGUCUCCCAGGGGAAGUGGUGAAAGUCCCAUGUCUGCAGACUUCUUCAAUUACAAUGGACAGAAUACUAGAAAGUGUACUGCAUGGAAUAAUCCAGCACUGGUAGAGAAUAGAUUGAAUGAUCAAGGAAUUGGUUAACAGGGAGACAACAGCGGGUCCUACUAAAAGGUGAACUGUCAGGCUGGAGGGAUGUUACCAGUGGAGUUCCUCAGGGAUCAGUUUUGGGACCAAUCUUAUUUAAUCUUUUUAUUACUAACCUCGGCACAAAAAGUGGGAGUGUGCUAAUAAAGUUUGCGGAUGAUACAAAGCUGGGAGGUAUUGCCAAUUUAGAGAAGGACCGGGAAAUCAUACAGGAAGAUUUGGAUGACCUUGUAAACUGGAGUAAUAGUAAUAGAAUGAAAUUUAAUUGUGAGAAGUGUAAGGUUAUGCAUUUAGGGAUUAAUAACAAGAAUUUUAGUUAUAAGCUGGGGACGCAUCAAUUAGAAGUAAUGGAGGAGGAGACGGACCUCGGAGUAUUGGUUGAUCAUAGGAUGACUAUGAGCCGCCAAGGUGAUAUGGCCGUGAAAAAAGCUAAUGCGGUCUUGGGAUGCAUCAGGCGAGGUAUUAUCCAGUAGGGAUAAGGAGGUUUUAGUACCGUUAUACAAGGCAUUGGUGAGACCUCACCUGGAAUACUGUGUGCAGUUCUGGUCUCCCAUGUUUAAGAAGGAUGAAUUCAAACUGGAACAGGUACAGAGAAGGGCUACUUGGAUGAUCCGAGGAAUGGAAAACUUGUCUUAUGAAAGGAGACUCAAGGAGCUUGGCUUGUUUAGCCUGACUAAAAGAAGGUUGAGGGGAGAUAGGAUUGCUCUCUAUAAAUAUAUCAGAGGGAUAAAUACCGGAGAGGGAGAGGAAUUAUUUAAGCUCAGUACCAAUGUGGACACAAGAACAAAUGGAUAUAAACUGGUCAUUGGGAAGUUUAGACUUGAAAUUAGAUGAAGGUUUCUAACCAUCAGAGGAGUGAAGUUUUGGAAUAGCCUUCCAAGGGAAGCAGUGGGGGCAAAAGACCUAUCUGGCUUUAAGAUUAAACUCGAUAAGUUUAUGGAGGAGAUGGUAUGAUGGGAUAACAUGACUUUGGUAAUUGAUCUUUAACUAUUCAUGGUAAAUAGGCCCAAUGGCCUGUGAUGGGAUGUUAGAUGGGGUGGGAUCUGCGUUACUACAAAAAAUUCUUUCCUGGGUAUCUGGCUGGUGAAUCUUGCCCACAUGCUCAGGAUUUAGCUGAUCACCACAUUUGGGGUUGGGAAGGAAUUUUCCUCCAGAGCAGAUUGGAAGAGGCCCUGGAGGUUUUUCGCCUUCUUCUGUAGCAUGGGGCACAGGUCACUUGCUGGAGGAUUCUCUGCUCCUUGAAGUCUUUAAACCACGAUUUGAGGACUUCAAUAGCUCAGACAUAGGUGAGAGGUUUUUCGCAGGAGUGGGUGGGUGAGAUUCUGUGGCCUGCGUUGUGCAGGAGGUCGGACUAGAUGAUCAUAAUGGUCCCUUCUGACCUUAGUAUCUAGUAUCUAUGAGAAUGAUCAAAUAAGUUUUUGCCAGUUUGUGGGGUUGUGUGUUUUUUGUUUGUUUGUUUUUUGGGGGGGAGGUUGGUGAUUCUGUGACUGAGGGGAUAUGACAAGGGAAUUCAUUAAACUCUCAAUUUAAAGUUAAAGAUUUUUCAGAGGGAAGAUUUGGCAGGUAUUUCAACACCAAUAGUAAUAGUCAAAGGAAGUGGGACUGGAAUUAUAUGGAAAUGUCAAUUGAUGGCUUGGCAAAUUCAUUAUUUAAAUUGCACAUAAUCUUUAGUCCUUUGCUUGAAUAAGCUUUUCCAAAUUGGCAAAAGCAGACAUAUUCAGCCCUUAUCUCUUGAAUAGUUAGACAUACCAGAUUGCCCAUCAGACAUACGUCUCUGUCCUAAUAGUCCAUUUAUUUCAAUGGAUGUUCUGCUGAAAGUUUAGGCAAAGAUGUGUUCAUGACUCAGCAGCAGUGAGGAACUGAAUAGAAAGAGUCAUUCUCCAUAGCAAGUUAAAUGGAAGGGAAUCAGACUCUCUCAGAAGUGGUGAGGGGGGUACAAUAUAUUCCUUUGAGAUAGAUGCCAUUUUGUUGUUUUCUUUACGAUCCCUUAAUUUUGCCUUUUUUUCACCUAACAUCUUCCUGGACUGGCAUUGUUCUCUGAAUUCUCCUGUCUGACUCAGCAGAGAAUUGAAACAGCUCUCCUUCACUGAAGGUUUGCCUACAUGAGAAAAUUGCAUCGAUUUAGCUAAACAUGCUAUUUUAAACCAGUUUAGGGGGUGGACACCCAAUCCAGGGGCUAAGAAUGCAGCUGGUGGCUGUUACUUGUGUUUUCUGUUUCUCUCUGGAAAGCUUCAUCUGAAAAUCUGAACCAGUGGAAUUCUCAGCUUUAUAAAAAUUGAAUUGCUUGGAAGUUACAGAAUUAGCAGCCAGAUCGUAGUUGCUUCAAUACCCGCCAGCCAUGUUUGCUGAUUCCUAAGCAUAUGAAUUUCAAAUAAUUUUCCUCUCUCUUAGCUACAGGAAUGGGCAUAACUUAAAAGUGAAAUAAUAAAAUUUCCAAGCAAAUCAGUUCACUGGGUUUAAGGUUUCACCUUUGAAGUAAAAAUUGGAAGCUGGAAAUCUAAUUGCUUUUACGCCUACAUCCUGAAAAGCAUUUUCUUUUUAGGGAACCUAUUAAGUAGUCUUGUAUCUCUAAAAGGUUAUUUUUGAAAGUAGCAUACCUAGGAGGCAAGUCAUAGAAAUAUAGCUGUGAGAUUGUCACCAAUAAAGAUUGCUGGAAAUAAAUGCCACUGCUUCAUGUAAAAAGAGGGUAAAUGAACCCUGCACAGACCCUUACAGGGAUGACGGUCACACUGAACGCCUAAAGAGCCAGAUGCCCUUGGAAAAGCUGCCAGGAUUGCAGUGCAAGAUAUUUUCCAUUCUCAAAAGCAUGAUAUAAUGGCUAAAGCAGAGGACUGAGAGUGCAGAGAUCUCAGCUGAAUUCUGCUCUCAGUUCUACCCCGUGUAAAUCCAGAGUAAUCCCUUUAAAGACUUUACAGAUAUUUUGGAUUUACAAUGUUUAGAACUAAGAGCAUAAUUUGGAUCCUGAGUUCUAUUCCUGGCUCUGCCACUGUCUUGCUUUAUGACUUUUGACAAGUCACUUCAUCUCCUGUUGCCUCAGCUUCCUCAGCUCUAAACAAGUGUUAGGAGAUGAAUGUAGAUAUUGCUUCUCAUCGGCAUAGGGUUUGUCAGCGCCUUAAUUUGUGAUUGCUUGCAGACUUUAUUGAACUCCUUGGAAAGAAGUCAUGAGAGAGCUACAAAGUAUUAUUAAGAAAUUAAUUACAUGCGCUACUAGCAAGAGUCAGUUGAUCAGCAUGAUUUCCACAGGAGAAAGUGAGCAAGGUUCUCCACCUUCAGAGUGGAAUAUUAAACCAGAGCAGGUGGACUCUGGGAGAUAGGAAAAAGAGGAGGGAAUGAAUGGGUUCUUUUAUUGUCUAGAAUUAUAAAAAUUAGAGAUGAAAAGACUUCUUAGGUCCAGUCCAGCCCCCAGCCAAUGCAGGAUUGAUCCUUAGAAUACAGUUUCUGCUAUUUUGUCCAGCCUAAUUGUAAAAGUCCCAAGUGAUGGGGCUUUUAGCAUAUCCUUUGGGAAACUAUUCCUCAGCCAGAAUACAUUUCAUUCCCAGCAAGUUUUUCCUGAUAUUCAGCUUAAAUUUUCUCCUUUUAAAUGUCAACGCAUUACUUAUAGUCAUACCCCACAAACUACAUGAGAUAACUCCUCUCUGUCCUUGGUGUUCACACCCUUCAGAUAUUCAUAGAAUGAUAUCAUGUACUCAGUCAUCUUGUAAACAGACUUAACUCUGGUACCACAGACAAAUGUUAAAUCAUUAAAACAAAUAGCCUAGUCAUAUAUAUAUAUAUAUAUAUAUAUAUAUAUAUAUAUAUAUAUAUAUAUGUAUAUUUCUUUAUUUUUUCUUUAAGUUGAUCUUUCCAGUUUACAAAUCAUUUUUGUUAUUAACUCCAAUUUAAUUUUUUCCCCUGGAAAUGUGGUGUCCCACAAUGAACAUCAUAUUCCAGGUAUAUAUGACCAAGAGCUAUAUAGAAAAGGACUGUUACCUUUGAGACUCCCAUGGGAGUUGGAAAUCUAAAUAACUCUGAGGAUCUAGAUCAUGGUGCCUUGGUUUUGGAACCCAAACUGCCUUGUCCCUUUUAACAGAAAUAUUACAUUGCAACUAUAUAUAUAACUUGAUACCCACUAAUUCUAUGGGGCUCUUUCAUUGGGUUUUUUUGGGGGGGGUCCCCCCAAGUGCAUUAGUUUGCAUUUUUCCAAGUUGAUGUUUGUUUUCUGCCCACCUUUCUAAUCUCUCUCUUAUUUUUAUUACUACUUUGCCUGAAUAGUGUUCAGAAUUCCUCCACAUUUAGUGUCAUUUGUCAGUUUCAUUAACAUGCUUUUUACUCCCUCUGCCAAGUCUUUCAUGACAAUGUUAAAUAAAUUGAUCCUCACACAACUUUGCAGCACCCCACUGCACACUUCCUCUCAAUCAGGACAUUUAUCAUUUCCCUUACAUUGUAUAGCAAUUAUCGAAAGAAUAGGCUUCCUACCCAAGCCAAUUUUUUCAAAUAAUUUUUUUCUAAAAAAACCAGGAUCAAAUACUUUACUAAACCCACCUAAAUGACAAGUCCUUUGUUAUGAAUUGUGUAAUUCUGUAUACAAGGAAAAAGUCAUUUAAGUUUGGCUGGAUUAAUUUUCUAUAAACUGAUGCAAUGUCUUGCUCAUAGUUCAGUAAGUCUCUGCCCACAGUGCAGGAAAGUCUUCCCCUUCAGUUAAGGACAUGCUUAAAGUCCUACAUGUGCUUAUGUGCUUUCCUGAAUCCAGGCCAAAGUGACAAAUCUGAAAAGCUGUUGAGUGCCUACAGAGCUGAUCAGUGGCAAGCCCCGUUGAGGUGACUAGGAGCUCCAGGUGCUCAGCAUCUCUCAAGAUUUGACCCCAAAUGUGAUUAUAUUUUUCUUCUCAUGUGUGUUCCAAUAUUUUACUAGGACUAUCAAUCUUAUAGGAUGGUACUAGUAAAGAUUGCUCUUUCCUUUUUUGAAAACUUGGAACCACAUUUGCUUUUCAACAGUUAUUUGAUAUGCUCCCAGUUAUGUACGACUUCAAGAUCCUUAUCAGUGGUGUGUUUGUUAGCUAAUUCCCUUAAAAUCCCCCAAAAUAAAUAAUCUGGUCUGCUUUCUAUGUUUAUGUUCAAACAUCCCAUUUACUCCUCUGUACCUCUUGUUAUUUUUACAGGACAUGCCUCCUUGCUAAUUGUUCAAACUUUCCUAAUUUUUUUUCUUAUUAAAGAUUUUGAAAAGGAGUUUCUCAUCUCAGGCAUUUUAAGUCAUUAUGAAUUACAUCCCAGUCCUUAUUUGUUAAUGGAACGUCAUCCUACCUAGCACUACUUUUUGCCCUGCAGUUUCUGUAAAACCUUUCUUAUUCUCCUCCAACCCUUUGGUAGCAUUAACCCAUUUUUCUGUCUUGUUGCUCUUAACUUUUUCCUCGAAGUUUUACUGACCACAUAUAUUUAUAUCAUUCCUUCCCUCUUUUCUACUUAGUUACAGGAGUGUUGUUUUUUUAAAAUCCUGAUAUUUGAGGUAGCCUCUUGUCAAAUCAGAUUGGGUUUGGGUGGACUGCAUCUGAAGAAAGAUAAUUCCCCAGUAAUUUUAAGGCUUUUAAGGGAUCAGGCUUGACUCCUAAAGUUAGACCUUGAAUAACGCAAUAGUAUUUUGGUUUGUUAUUUCCUGUCCUGUUUGUGACUAAACUGUGUUCUGCUCCCAGUGUAUAGUUUUCAGUCUGGAGAGAGGAAAAUGUUAGCGUAUUCACACAUCUUUAAGAGCAGGAAAGACACACUUACAAAGCCAAAAAUGAAUGUGACACAAAAUAAUUAGAUCACUUUUCUAUCUCCCGUCAGCAACUGGGGGUGACCAUUCUAAGAUCAGUAAUCUCUUCUGUAAGGAUCUGAAAUGUAUAUGACACUUGAGACUGAAAUUCACAUGAAGGUCAGCUAAAGACUCAAAAAUGACAGUAAAAUAGUGCCUACAGUCCAAAGCUUACCAUCCUUCAACUUUGCCAAACGUAAUAAGGCUACAGGUCAUCUUCCCUUUAAUAGAAAGAAAAGUCAACAUAUUCAAACCUGGUCACCAGAAGUCAGGUUCCUAAAUCCAUCUUUAAAUCCUUAACUAAAAGUGGCCUGAUUUUCAGACCUGCUGAGUUCCCACAGCACCCACUGAUGUUAGUGGGAAGGGCAAGUGCUCAGCAACUCUGAACAUCAGAUCCCCAUAGCUAGAGGCCUAAGUACAGCUUUAGGUGCCUGUUUUAGAUAAUAUUUGAAAACUGAGGGCCUUAACUUUCUUUAAAAAAAAUGACUUGUGCCUUUUUUAAGGUCAGUAUUUCAUGUAUUGCACCUCACAUUGUUUUUCACAAUAAGAAGCAGAUAUGAAUGGAGAUGUUUUUUAAAAUAAUUGUUUAUAUGUGGGUCUCCCUCUGCUCAGUACGGAAAAUGAAAGAAAGCCGCAAUGCUCUUCAUAUUUCUCUUUUUAAUUGGCUCGAAAGAUCAGUGAGCUUCCUGUACGGAGCUAGAAAGAUAGUUAUCAUGGUUUAAAGAACUUGGGCAUUUUUUUAUUGUUCCGUAUUAGCACUUACAUAGAAAAUGAACACAAAAGAGAUUGCUAAUUUGUGCGUCUGUGUGUGUGUGUGUAGGGCAUUGGGAAUGGUUUUAAUGGUAAACUCUCAUAAAUUAAAAAAAAUAAGUUUAAAAUGCUCAUUUCAAAGCACUUGAAGAGCAUGUACAAAAGUCUGACCCAAUGUCUGUUGAAAUCAGUGGAAACCUGUUUUUUUCAUUAAAAGAAUUCCCCCGACCUCCUCUGUAUUUGAGAGUUGGCCUGCCAAAGAAACAACUCCCUGCGCGUUGUGUGACAUAGAUGGAUUGCUGAGCUUUUGUACUGUACUCAAAUGUCCACAUAAAUGCCCAAAGGCGACCGCUGCCUCCACCUCCAUCAUCACAUUUCUGAUAAUCCAGUGUCUCUUCAGUGUUUUGCAAUGCUCUACUACAUUAAUAUUGGCAAUAGAGUAACUGUUAUUUUUUUAGGAUCCAUAUAAAAACUGGGUUCAUCAAGUUGCUUGUGUGCAACUAUUCAUCUCUGUAUCAUGCACUUGUUUAGGUGGGGGGAAGUAAGUAGGACUAAUUCCCCUCUAUUCCUCUUAUACAAAAGCCAACUCAUCACUUCAUGUAUCCCUGCAUGUUGUAACACACUUCUGAGAAGAACUAGCUCAGACCAUUGAUGUAGAAAUAAAAUAAAAAUGCACAUGGUACUUCCUGAAAAAUUGUGUGAGAUUGCCCAGAAAUACAUUUCUUUUAUACAUCAUUCAUUAGAGAAAAUCUGAGACCAGAUCCACAGCUGGUGUAAAUCUAUGUAUCACCAUAGGAGUCAAUGGAAUGGUGACGAUUUAUACCAGCUGAGGGGUUGGUCCCUAUUGUUCAGUGUUCAUAUUGAUACUCAUGAACUGUUGGGCCGAAUCCUGUUCCCAUUAAAAUCAACCAUCAUUGAUGUCAAUGGAAGCAGAACCAAGUUUAUAGAGCAAAAAUACUCCAUAAUCUCUUUGUGUAUUUUAAUCCUUGUUUGUCAGAUGUUUAUGAGAAAUCCCACAUGCACUUCAUGAAUAUGCAUGCACCUGCACAGAUGCAGAAACCUUCACAGGAAAGGUCUCAAUUUGACUUCUUUUAGCCUUUUUUUGUAAUUACUUUGACGUUUGUGUUCCCUGUAGCGCUCAGUACUGUCAUUGACAGUGUGUAUAGUGACUGAGAUCUGAUAUAUAAUAAUACAAAAAACAGUUUUGUAGUAUCAGUUGUAAAUGAGUUCCCCAGGAAUUUAUUGGUUGGCAAGUAAUGGUGCUGACCCCCUUUGGGCUAGAGAAAUCUAUUAUUAUCACUUAAGAGAAACUGCCAAUGAGCUACUCAACUAGUCAAUAAAAUUGAUUUUAAUAUCCUUGUGGCAUCAUCAAUGAAGAAAGUAUCAACAUUUCUGAAAGGAGCAAUCAGUGAUCAUUCAGAGAGAGAAGUCAGGUUCACUGCUGGUCCACUUGCCAAUUUCCUACCCCAAGACAUGCUUCACAAAGCUUCAUUUAGAGACUAAACACACUGAAAACCAAUAAACUGCCUACCUUCUAAUGACCCUGUUUACACAUGGAGCUCCCGCUAGACUGGCAGUUGGGUGCAGUGUCUUCCCCAUAUCAUAUCUGCCAAAUCUUUAUGUCAUGUACAGUAUAAAAUUGUAUUAUAUUUUUUGUACUUAUGCUUUGUGUAAAUAAUUUAUCAUUUAGUUGUAUGUGAGCAUUGAAAAUAAAUCCUUAACCUUUAGGAGA